GACCCCAAUGAUCGCUGAACCCGGCUUCGGUGGCAGGAGGUUCGGUGCUGUCGGUGGGUCGGUGUGUGUGGUGGGUGCCACGAGCGGCCACUCGGCGCCGACAUCGCCGCGGCUCCGGCCGCUCCUCCAUCGCGUGAAGUUGGACAUUGGCUGCAAAUUUAACGCUGCUGGAAGCACUCAGGCAGCAUAGAGUUGCUGGGAGGUGGGAACCAGAGCGCCAGGACAGUUAGAGGACAGGCUGUGGAGACAGAUGUUGGGAAGACCUCAGAUAAAGUCAGGAACCGAAAUGUUGAGCACGGUGCCGCUCGUAUCCUGAGCUGAGUAUCGCAGGAAAGGCGGAUCAGCUCAAGGCAUGGAUCAACACCUGGAAUUGUGAUAUUGUAGCAGUUGUUGAAUUUAUUUAAAUCUCACAUCCAUCUCACAACGUGAGAGAGUAAAAAAAUCUUUGCGUUAUGACUCCGCCGCAAUGUACAAGACGUGAAUUUCUAAGUCUAAUGGCCUGUAGAAAGAAGCUGUCCCGUAGCCUGUUGGUCCAGGCUUUAAUGCUGUGGUACCGCUUGCCAGGCGGAAGCAGCUGAAGCGGUUUACGGUUGGGUGACCGGUAACCCCGAUGAUCUUCCGGGCCUUCUUUACGCACCUGCUGCUGUACAUGUCCUCAGCGGAGGGAAGUUCACAUGCACAGAUGCUCUGGGCUGUCCGUACCACUCUCUGCAGUGCCCAGCGAUGAAGGUUGGUGCAGUUCCCGUACCAGGCGGUGAUACAGCCAGUCUGGAUGCUCCCAGUGGUGAUCCUGUAGAAGGUCUUGAGGAUUUGGGGGCUCAUGCCGAACUUCUUCAGUCGCCUGAGGCGGCAGAAUGCUGUCGUGCUUUUUUUUUGACACACAGCCGGUGCGUACAGUCCAGGAAUACAGCCAGAGGAUCAGGACAAAGGAAGAACAUGCUGUUGAAAAUCUCCACCCUCAUCGCCCUGCUACUUGGCCUAGCGCUGGCCUCAGAGCAUCAGCUCUCGCGGGUCAGGAGAGGCACAAGGAGACUUAACAUCAUUUCUCGAAGUAGCUGUCUGGACCACACCAACCUGCACGUGUACCUGGAGGACGAGACGUGGCUUCAGCUGGACGGAAGAUGGGCGAAGUACUGCCGAUGCAGCCGGUCAGAAAUACGGUGUCACAGUGUCCCGGUACAAGAUUGUCCCAAGAACAUGUGCUACAAUGGUGGGAAGUGUCAACAGGCCUUGUACUCAGCACACCAAGUCUGCAAGUGCCAAAGUGGGUACAAGGGACCACUGUGUGAAAUCGACACCAAGGAGCGCUGUUACAGGGGCCGCGGCACCAGCUACCGUGGGACGUGGAGCAGAACCGUCUCCGGGAAGCAGUGCCUCAACUGGAACAUGAGGGCCGUGGCCUUAUCGCACUACAAUGGCCAUGCCACCAACGCCCAGCAGUGGGGUCUGGGGAACCACAAUUUCUGCAGGAACCCUGACAACGACUCAGUGCCCUGGUGCCACGUCUACAACGGACACGUCAUUAGCUGGGAGAAAUGCAGCCUCCCUGCCUGCCCUCACAAGUUCAAAGACGAGUGCUAUAUCUCAAACGGAGCGUCGUACCGGGGAACAAAGGACUAUUCACAGUCCGGGCAACCCUGCAUCAGCUGGGACUCCGAGCUGCUGCGACACAGGGCGUACAACACCUGGGUGCCCGACGCCCACCGCCUAGGGCUUGGCAGCCACAACUACUGCAGGAAUCCCAAUGGAAGUCCAGAACCUUGGUGCCACGUAAAGGGAAGGCGUGGAGUCACCGUGGAAUCUUGUGACAUUAAACACUGUAACCCAGAAGAGGAGACCUGUGGCAGGAGAGACCCCAUGCUCCAGCAGUUCAGGAUCAAGGGCGGGGCGUUCGUCGACAUCACGUCCCACCCGUGGCAGGCAGCCGUCAUGUACUAUGACAAACGGGGCAAAGACCUGCUAUUCCAAUUCGGAGGGAGCCUGAUCGCCUCGUGCUGGGUCCUGACCGCGGCUCACUGCUUUCAGGAUAAACAAAAGCCACAAGAGCUGAGAGUGGUGCUGGGCAGAACGAAGGUGAAGGAGCCAACAGUCGGGGAGCAGAUCCUGGAGGUGGAGGAAUACUUCGUUCACAAGGGAUACUCUGAAGAUACUUUCAACAACGACAUAGCCCUCAUCAAACUGCGCUCCAAGAAUGGGAGGUGCGCCAAGAUGACGCGGUCUGUGCGCACGGUGUGCCUGCCGCAGAAGGGGCAGCGUCUGGCCGACUGGAUGGAGUGUCAGAUCUCUGGAUACGGCAGGUUGCAGCCAUUCGACCAUAAGUUCGCCUCGAAACUGAAGGAGGGAAACGUGCGCCUCUACCCGGCGAAUAAAUGCACACCGGACCAGCUGGACAACCGCAACGUCACUGAAAACAUGAUCUGUGCCGGCAAUACCCAGGGCACCAAUGAUGACGCCUGCAAGGGGGAUUCCGGAGGUCCACUGGUCUGCGAGGCAAAGGGGCAGAUGAGUCUGCAAGGCAUCAUCAGCUGGGGGAUUUCCUGUGGGAAAAAGGGAGUUCCUGGCGUCUACACCAAGGUGGUGAACUAUCUGGAAUGGAUUCGUGACCACAUGAGCAAGCCUUCACUCCCCUAUUUCAAGAACCUCAACCGGCGAGAGUAAAUGACACAGGCAGCACCUCUGACCCCGUGCCUGACACCCCCACCCACCACCCCAGUGCUGAGGACAUAGUGACAGAGGAAGCCCACCCCUCUCCCCCGGGCUCUGACGGACAUUGGGGUCCCUCUGUUGAGCUGCUUUCUGACUAGAGGAGAACUUGCUCUGCCCACGCUGAUGGUCACUUGCCGCUUCCUGUAGUAUUUCGGCACAACCGCUCCGCUCCGAUCCGAUCCAGUCCUGUCAUUUUGCCUUUACCGGCUGACAUCCCAGCACCUCCCCCGGGGAGACUCUGUUCUGUCUGCAGCCUGGCGACUCUAGGUGGGGGAGAUUGAGCCUGGGGUCUGAGUCUCACACACACACACACACAUACACUCAAAGUCACUCAUAGUGCACACACGCACACACACUGACACAGAUACACGCACACAUACAGCGUGCACAAUCACACACAUGUACACAAACACACACACACUGCACAUAGUAACAAAGACACAGAUACAUACAUAUACUCUGUGUGUAUAUAUUAUCCACACACACACACACACACACAGGUGCACAUAGUCACACAGAGACAGACAGACAGACAGACACACACACACACACACACACACACACACACACACACACACACGAUGACUGGGAGAUCUCAGUUAUUCCAACUGACUAGAGUCAAAAGAAUCGUAAUGCUGAAAUGUUUUUGUCUGGCUUAACCAGCUGUUUUCAAUAGUUGCCCACACUGUAUGAACACUCAAAUUGUACCCGUUUAAUAGCUGCAGGGCUGUCCCAGUUGGCACUGGGACAGUGUCCUCACCAUAGCAGCCCCUCCCGUAGCCUGCAGAUGAUACCAAACAGAAACAGCUCCCCGCUCCCUCUGCCCCACUCCGGAUACUGCCUUUCCCCCUGCCCCGACGUUACCGAUUUCAGUGAGGACUACCGUCUGCCCGUGACUGCAGGCUCGCCGUGUGCGUGGAGGUAGAGUGGAACGCUCUCGGCUACUGCGUGGAAUCCAGGAGUGAAUGGGUGGGUGGGUAGUGUCACAGCGCGCCCACAACUUUCUCACCGUAACCCGUGCGUAGGAGGAAACUGAUGCGGCCAGAGGAAACGGGGAGGAAUGGACAAACUGCUUCCGGGCACUGGUGGGAAUUGAACCCCGACUGUUGGCACUGUAGGCGCCGUAGUAGCUGGCAUGCCGCCGGGCUGCCCGCCACGCUACUGAAGGAAGGCGGCAGGAGUUCAGGGUUUUAAUUCAGACGACGCAGAAAAUCAAAAAAUCUGCAAAAACGCGGCUGUAGCCACAGGCAAAUCCAGCAUCUGUCCACGGCUGGAUGUGGGAUGGUGCCUGCAUACUGUCUGUGCACGUGGGGUGGUGGGGUGGGGGGCAGAGGACAUUGCAGGAAGGAGGUAGACGGCUUGCCCGUCCGUCUGCUCCUGCGAGUACGGGAACCAGCACGAUGGCAGAGCCGCCACUGUGCCACUGACAAGGCCUUCCUUGGCGUGCAAACCUUUGCAGGGGUGCGGAUGUGUCUGCACAACCCUCCAAGUCUGUGAAUUAGUGUGAGCGUGCGGGCGCCUCUUAGUGACAGAACAUACAACGUCUCUUCAUAGUGCACACUUCAUCCCAUCCAUUAGUAUUUAAGCAUUCCUUUGUACUAAAAUAUUUAUUGUUCUAUAUUUUGAAUGUUUUACUAUUUUUCUGGAUUAUAUUAAUGCAAUAUUUAAAGAUUCUUGCAUUACAUGUUCCUUUUUUUAAAAAAAAAUAA